UUACAUGUACACACAAUAUUAACAUUCCCUUUAUACCCUCCAAAUUCAUCAAAAUAAAACCCCACAAUAAUGACCUCUAAACACAUUCUUUUUGCCCUUCUGGUUGGUUUGAUGGCCUUUUUGGCAUCAAAACCAUUCGUCAACCUGCCAAUGAUUCCGCAACUCAAAUCUUACUUGUUGGCCGGCUUUUCUCCUCCCAACUUCUUGUUGGACCACUUCACUACUUAUAGCCACGGCGGCCAGCUCCGCCGCCGCCGCCGCCCCGGCCACCGGAACAAAACCCUAACCUCCAUCUGUGAUUACUUUUCUCCUGACUUCCCGGCAUUCGAUCCUAGCAUCACCUCCCUCCUGUGUGUGGACCCCAACGGGUGUUGCAACUUCACCACCGUGCAGGCGGCGGUGGACUCCGUCGCGGACUCUAGCCCAAAGAGGAGUUUGAUAUGGAUCAACAAGGGCUUGUAUUUUGAAAGAGUUCUGAUUCCGAAAAAGAAAGCGAACAUAACAUUGCAAGGCCAAGGAUUCAUGACGACGGCUAUUCUGUGGAACGCCACGGCCAAUUCUUCCGGCGGCACGUUUUAUAGCGCCUCUCUUCAAGUUUUCUCCGACAACUUUGUCGCCAACAACAUAAGCUUCAUGAAUAUUGCACCGAUGCCGGCACCGGGGGCAGUGGGAGCUCAGGCGGUUGCCAUAAGAGUGGGCGGAGACCAAGCCGCGUUCUCCGGCUGCGGGUUCUUUGGAGCUCAAGACACACUCCAUGAUGACAGAGGGAGACACUACUUCAAAGAAUGUUACAUCCAAGGCUCCAUUGACUUCAUUUUUGGCAACGCCAAAUCCUUGUACGAGAGUUGCGAGUUGAUAUCCAUAGCGAGUCCAGUGCCCCCGGGGACAAGGUCCGUAAACGGCGCCGUGACGGCGCACGGGCGGUCUUCAAAGGACGAAGACAGCGGCUUUGCCUUCGUGAACUGCACGCUGGGCGGGACCGGGAGGGUAUGGCUCGGCCGCGCGUGGCGGCCCUACUCCACCGUGGUCUUCUCCAACACGUACAUGACGGGCGUCGUCGCCCCGGAGGGGUGGAAUGACUUCAAUGACCCUGCCCGGGACCAGUCCGUGUUCUACGGGGAGUACAAGUGCUCCGGGGCGGGAUCGGAAACUUCUUUGCGGGUCCCAUACGCUCAGAACCUUAAUGACUCCCAAGCUCUCCCUUUCCUCAAUGCGUCAUUCAUCAACGGCGACCAGUGGUUGCUGCAGCCGUCAUUGGUCGCCGCCGGGAACUCGAGGUUUUAAUGUCUGCGUGCGUGUACCUUGUGCAUUACAUAUUGUACUCCCUGAAAAAAGUCCUAACAAAUCAACGUAAUUUAUAGUUUUAUGAAUUGUAAAAUAAAUUGACGUGACAGAAUUUAAUUUGGAGUUCAUUAGUUACAACCAAACAUGGGCUUGUGUACUCGGCCCGUAAAAAAUGGGCUUGAUAUCAGAAGUAUGGGUGACGGAUCCGUAAUAAUAAGGGGCUACAUACUUC